AUCUUCAAGAUGAGCGGAAGAGGCAAAACCGGCGGCAAGGCCCGAGCAAAGGCCAAGACUCGUUCAUCCCGUGCCGGACUGCAGUUCCCUGUCGGUCGUGUCCACAGACUCCUCCGCAAAGGCAACUAUGCCCAGCGCGUCGGUGCCGGGGCUCCCGUCUACUUGGCGGCGGUGCUCGAAUACUUGACCGCUGAGAUCUUAGAGUUGGCCGGCAACGCCGCACGCGACAACAAGAAGACAAGGAUCAUCCCACGUCAUUUGCAGCUGGCCGUCCGCAACGACGAAGAGCUCAACAAACUCUUGGGUGGAGUGACCAUCGCUCAGGGCGGCGUGCUGCCCAACAUCCAGGCCGUGCUUCUGCCAAAGAAGACGGAAAAGGCUGCAAAGGCCAAGUAA